AUGGCUCAUCAUCAAUCAAGCUCUCCUAUACCUAUAUUUGAGACUAUACAAGCUUUAGUUAAAGGUAUAGAGAGAUUAGUAUAUGAAGUUACAUUUUUGAGUGCUGAGAAUCGUAUGCUUCGAAGAGCAAAUGAGGUAUUAAGUAAAUGUCGACACACUAAAAAAAUUCAACUACAUAAUGAAGGAGUACUUAUUGAACAAGAAGCUGAAGAUAUAUUAUCAUAA